UAAAGGGCCAAGCUCUCAUGAAUAAGUAGCCCUUCAGAGAAAUUCUCCUCGGUGGAGAGUCAAAGAAGCAGGCUGUAGAUACAACAGAAAACGUAGGGCGUAGUUGGAGACUCACUCCGCAGUCCAGAAUCCUAUGAUAGUUCAUGACAGAGAAAGUGAUUGAAUCCCAGGGAAUUCUGUGUGAGGUGUCUGUGUGAGGUGUCAGCUGAAGGACAAGAAGACCGCGUGAGUGUGUGAGGACGUCAGGGAGCCAUGUGGUGUGGGAAGCGACGUUGGUCGUCCACGGAGGUGCUGCUGAGUGUCCUGUGUCUGACCCUGCUGGCAGUGUGUGUCAGUCUCAUCAUCAUCACCUGGCUCGCCAUGCAGACUGACCUGGACCAGUGUGGUCUUGGUGGGACUGAGUCUGUGUACAGUGGGAGGCUGGUCAUUAUGAGGGGGGCUGUGUUUACUGAGAAGCUGAGAAACAGGAGCAGUCUGCAGUUCAAGUCCCUGGCCUUCGACACAGAGCAUCUGAUAUCUGACGCUUACGGCCGUGGCUCCCUCAAUAAUGACUUCAAGGCCUGUGAAGUUUUAGAAUUCAGCAAUGGCAGUGUGGUGGUGAACUUUGACCUGCAGUUUCGUCAGAGUGUGGAGGUGAAGGAGGCAGAGCAGCAGCUGGUGGCUGGGCUUCAGAGCACUGGGGGCCUGGUGGUUAACCAAAAUAGCAUCCAGGUCAGAGUGAAAGAGGACCUAACUACAUACCAGCCCACCUCUUCACCUCAUCUUUCCACUACAUCUUCUUCUGGGAAAUGCCCACCUUAUCAUAUGGCCUGUGGGGACGGCACUACAUGUGUGGCCGCCAUGCAGUUUUGUGAUGGAGUAGACAAUUGUCCUGAUGGCUCAGAUGAAAACCAUACUCUCUGUGCAACAAAGUGCGAUGGCCAAUUCCUUCUUCUUGGUCCUACGGGUUCCUUCCAUUCUGAAAACUUCCCUCUCCCCUACAACAACGGCAUGAUUUGCCGCUGGGUCAUACGAGUUCAGAAAGGACUGGCCAUAAAGAUGAAUUUCCACUCAUUCGACACAGAAGAAGAGAUUGAUACUCUCAGUCUGUAUGAGGGCACAGGACAGGGGAAAAAUCUGACAUACCUGCUGUCAGGCCGUUCCCCAGGCACUGUGUGGCUGCUGUCUGACAAGACCACUGUUGAGUUCUCUUCUGACGAUUACAACAAUUUCCAAGGAUUUAACGCCACCUACUCAGCAGAAGACAUCAGCAACCUCUCUAAUGAGGAGAGGCUGAGCUGCUCCUUUGAGGAGGGCCUGUGUUUCUGGAGGCAGGAGCCUGAGGAUGAAGGGGACUGGAUACGCACCAAUACCCCAACAUUCCCCCCUUUCACAGGCCCAAACCUUGACCAUACAUUUGGUAACCAAUCAGGCUACUACAUUGUCACACCGGGAAGCCCUGGCCAGUGGGAGAAGAACUUCAAGAUCCGCAGCCUCCGAUUAGCUCAUUCAAAAGAACCAAUGUGUCUGAAGUUCUGGUACCACAUGUAUGGAGAGAAUGUGCAUCGGCUGAGGGUGUUGGUAGAGAGACGGUCAACUUCUUUGGUCAGAGAAGCUUCAGUCAUUGUGGUCUUCCAGAAGGAGGGGAACUAUGGAGAUAACUGGAACUUUGGCCAGGUCACCCUGAACAGCACAGCUGAUGCAACGGUGGUUUUUGAGGCUCAGAAGAAGGGGGGUAUGAAGAAUGACAUCGCCCUGGAUGACAUUAGUCUGACAAAUGGUCCCUGUGGGGCGGACCCACCAGACCCAACAGUGGUUCCCACACCUACAACACCACCUCCAAUACCUCCUGACUGUGGGGGACCUUUUGACCUCUGGGAACCCAACUCUACAUUCAGCUCCCCCAACUACCCACACUCCUAUGGCAACAAGGCUUCUUGUUUGUGGACUCUUCAUGCCAGGGAAGGAUGGAACAUCCUGCUUCACUUCCUGGAUUUUGACGUUGAGUCGACCUAUGAUAUGGUGGAGGUGCGGGAUGGGGCGGGGCCACAGUCUGAACUGCUUGGUGUCUUCACUGGUACUGAUGCUACCUUUCCAGAUGUGAUCUCCACAGCCAAUCAGAUCACAGUGAUAUUCUUUACGGACAGUACAGGGUACGGCAGAGGGUUCCGUGCCAACUUCACAUCUGGAUUAGCACUGGGCAUGCCAAAGCCUUGUGUCACUGGGCAAUAUCGGUGUCAGUCUGGAGAAUGUAUCUCCAAUGUCAGUGUGUGUAACGGCCAACCAGACUGCGCUGACUCCUCAGACGAAGCUGUGUGUGUGCAUCAGGUAUCAGUAGACAGUACGGGUGUCAGACAUCUGCAGCUCCAGGUCCAGACCACCCGGUACACAACUUGUGGUCAACACUGGAACUCUCAGCUCUCCCACUUCAUGUGUCGUUACCUGGGCUACAGAUCAGGAAGUGCCCUCCUCAUACCAUCCACAGAGAAAGACUCUCCCUUCACCACCGUGAGUGUGGCAGCCAACGGUACCCUGGACCUGACCCCCAGUGAAAAAUGUACGGGUGAAAAGGUUAUAUCUUUGGAAUGUGACAACCAACCGUGUGGCGUCCGUAUGGUCUCCCAGAAGAUGGAUCGAAGUGGGUCCACUGAACGAAGGAGGGAUGAGAAAGGAGAGGAGGAGUCGGAGGAGAGUGGAACUGUCAGAGUGGUGGGAGGGACAGACUCUCGUAAGGGGGCGUGGCCAUGGAUGGUGUCGCUGUACUUUAGGGGCCGCCAUGUGUGUGGAGCUACUCUGAUUGACAACGAGUGGUUGGUCACCGCUGCACACUGCGUUUAUGGGAAAAAUAUUCACCUUUCCAACUGGGAGGCAGUUUUGGGCCUUCACUCCCAGGACGGUGUAGAUGUCCUCCCAUCACAGACCCGAAAGGUUGACCACAUCAUCAUGAACAAACACUACAACAGAAGGACCAAGGAUGCUGACAUCGCAAUGAUGCACCUUCAAACAAACGUCAACUUCACAGAUAACAUUCAACCCAUCUGUCUGCCAGGAAGUGGCCACCAGUUUGAGGCUGGGAUGAAGUGUUUCAUUACAGGCUGGGGAGCAGAAGUAGAGCAAGGCACAUCAGCUAAUGUGCUGCAGCAGGCAGUGCUGCCCCUGGUGAGCCGCUCUGAGUGUCAGAAGCUGCUACCUGAGUACAACAUUACAGCAAGGAUGGUGUGUGCCGGCUACUCUGAGGGGGGAGUGGACUCCUGCCAGGGGGACUCUGGAGGUCCUCUCAUGUGUGAGGAGGAUGGCCACUGGGUGCAGGUUGGCGUGAUUUCUUUUGGUGUGGGGUGUGGCCGCCCCCAGCGCCCUGGUGUGUACGCCCUGGUCUCCCAGUUCACUGACUGGGUCGUCCAGACCAGACGGCUCUCCUGACACUGGGGACACUGGGAUUACAGGCUCCAGGGAAACAGAAUAUUCAGUCCUGAAUUAGGAUCAUAUGCAGUCUUGGUUACUAAAUCAAUCAAUGCGUUUGAAUAAGUACAAUGGUGUAACACAGAUUUACAGGGAUAUUCAAAAUAUGUACAAAUAAUUGUUUGCAGUUCUAUGCUAUUUUAUACUUAGAAAAAUCAGCUGUUGUACCUACAACACAAAUGAGACUUCCCAUGGCUGGUCCUGAAGAAGAAAUUAAAUGUUGUGAAAUUAUGACACAAGAUGGCAGUAUCUUGCGUAUUAUGCUUUGGAGAUAUGUUUUUUUUCACACCACAAUGCCUUGUGAAUUACAGUGAUAUUGUAUGCAUUUGAUCUUAACACUAGAGACAAACCUUCUUACUGUCAAUAAAUGUUUACAUAUUUCCUA